CGAGUAGACAUGGAGCGCCAUGUACAUGGUCUGCUCGAACCAAACACAAAUCUCUCAUAGAGACGCUUUUAUUUCUUGUGCUAAAAGGCAAGCCGUUUGAGAGACCGGAAGACAAGUGUGGCCCGGUUGAGGAUGGAGUGUGCUUUUGACGCACAGAAUCUGAUCUCCAUUUCUUUGAGGAAAAUCCAGAGCUCCAGGACGCAGAGAGGAGGCAUCAAGCUUCACAAGAACUUGCUGGUAACGUACGUGCUGAGAAACGCCAGGCAGUUUUAUAUGAGCAAGAACUUGUCGCCAACGCCAAGGACGCACCAGUAUGAGGAUGUUACCACAGCCAGAGAGACCCACGAAUACCUCGAACUGACCGGGAGCUUUACGGAGUUGGCCAAUGACUUCUACUGCAACUUUAGCGGGGUGGAAUCGGACACUUGGCACUGCGGAGCACACCAGCCUGCAGAGGUGGCGCACCAAGACGCUUCCCCGUGCGCAAUGGUUCCUCCAAGUGACUCGGACCUCAUGGUUUCGGAAACCUUUUGGACUUGUGCGGACAAGCCUGCGUGGGAGUUGCAUAUCCCGAGCACUCAAACCAACCACAAAACUGUCCUGGACUUGGACACGCAUGUGGUGACCACUGUCACCAAUGGAUACUUCCACUCAGACUGUUGCGCGCAGCCGAAACAGUCUCAAGGCGCGCAGUGCUAUGCUAAAAAGAGACGCAUGGACACAAGUUAUCACAUUGUUGACCCAGAGUUCUACUUGUCUGACUUUGUGCCAGUGCCGUGGAAACGAAUGAGGACUGAUGAUGAUGCACACUCAGACUCAGAGCAGCUGGAUUCCACGAACAUCUCCAACCUGAUCUCGGUUCUGGGUUCGGGUGGACUAUCUGAGUUUGUGAGUUGGCAGCACGCAGACCUGGAGCAGAUAUUUGCCUCUCAAACUCUGUGUUUAAAACAUACAUUGUUAUCAGGCAGCGGCUGGACGCGAGCGAUCGAAGCGUUUUGAUUUGUGUGAUUGUUUCCUUUGUACCAUUUUAUUUCAAAAUAAACCAUGACACCACC